AUGGCGUUCGCGCCUCGCACGUCUCCGCGGCUCUCCGCCGGCGCGGGAGGACCCUCAGAGGCCUCGCGAGGUGGAACGGCUGCUGGCGCGCCUCUCGGUCCAGUAGAGACCCCAACAGGUCGCGAGCCUUCUUCUCCCUUUCUCAGGUCAGCCAGCGCGAAGCGCGUGACGCGCGCUCGCGCUGGCUUUCUCGCCUCCUCGCCCGACAACCAGUCGCGGUCGACUUCGCCUCUUCGACCAGCUGAUGCCCUACGCAUAUCCGAAGCCUCGUCCGCCUCGGCCCCCGGCGUUCGGCGCAGCUUGCGCGCAUCGAACGCGAGGCCUCCGGUCUCUGCGUCGAGAGGCCUAAUGGGGAAAGCUGGAGAGGAAGGAGAAGGAGCCUCGGGGGGCGGGAGGCCUGGCGGAGCGCGGCGGACGUCGGGCGGAGGCGAGGACGUGUGUGCCAGUCCUCGGGAUAUCUCGUACAGGGACAAAGGCGCUGGAGGCGAUGCCACAGCUUCCUCGAACUCGCAGUCUCCGUCAUCAGUUGACGCUGCAGUCUCUUCUUCAUAUUCUGUCGCCUCUUCGGUGUCGUCGCCUCCCGCAUCGUCGCUCUCUUCUGCUCUCUCGUCUUCUUUCUCUUCGUCGACCCUCUCUAGGUCAGGGUCUUCUGUCUGCCCACGGGCGACUUCGGCCGUGUCUGCGACUCUUCAGCAGGGAGAAAGGUCUCAAGAGUCUUCUCUGCUCGCGGGAGAGAGGGAAACGGACCGAGACGCGAAUCGCCCACAGAGGGAGACAGACGAAGGCCAGGGCGCAAAAAGCGAGACGGAUCGCGCGCCAGAGGACGACCGGGGAAGAAGCAGACGUGGUUCUGCCUCGCCCGUGCAAGGCCCGUUCUCUCCCCGAGGUUUCUUUUCAAAUGCAGUGACAAAAGAAAAUUCAGCGUACCCCGCGACUUCUGGACAGUCUGGUCAAGAGGUGGGCUGUCGACCCAAUUCAACACUCUCGUCUGUCUCCGUCUGUAGUCUCUCUUCUCGCCCCCCAUCUACUCUUGCUUCCGACCAACUUCUCUCAGUCCCUAACGGUGACGCUUCAACUGUGUCCACCUCCUCUCCUUCAUUGUCCUGCUCUUGUUCUUCGUUCUCCUCCUCUUCAUCGUCGUUGUCCUCUUCUUCCUUGUUGUCCUCUUCUCCGUUGUCUUCCACGCCUUCGUCUUUUUUUUCGUCGUCUUCUUCCUCUUCGUCUUCCGCGUCUGUUGCUCCUCCUGGCGAGGGGAAAGGUCGGCCUCCGGUGCGCUCUGGGCGAGGCGCCUGUCCCCGCAAGCCCGCAGGGCCGCCGCCGCGCCUCUGUGUGCCGUACCAGUGCCAGUUCAACGUGGAGAAGCGCGAGUGGCGAGCGAGGUACCUUUUUAGAGGCCAGAAGAAGAUGAGAGUUUUCUCCUUGGCCCGGUAUUCCCCGGAGGUCGCUGUCUCUCUGGCCGAACUGUUCCUCACCUUCUUGGCUGACAACGACGGCAUCCCCAGAAGCGAGGUUAUCGCAUAUUGGGCAGAAACGCUUGCGCGUGGACCCGUGACAGCGACCACUGGCACAAACCCCAAAGGCGGCAAUCUCCUAGGCCCAGGCGCCUCAGAGGAGGAGACGGUAGGUGGCGAGGGUGGAGAGGACGCCGAGUCGCGAGCUGCAGAGAAGGAGAGAGAAGAAGAGGGGAAAGCAAGUUCCUCGUCAGGUUCUUCCGACCAGAACAUCACUCGUGUCGAGAGCAGCGAGGCGAAGGAAGACGGCGAAGAGAACAGCGCCAGUUCAAAGCCUCCUGGGGCAGCGUCAGCUGCGACAGAGCCUGCAGGAGGCGACGCCGACGGAAGACCUGGUAGGGCGGCAAGUGGGCCUGGAGACGCUUGCCGUUCUGUCACGAGCACGGAGACGGAGGCGGCCGUGGCGGUUGCACCUGAGGCGAAAGGAGGUCCUUCUUCAGAUGUUUCUUGUACCCUUGACAAGAGCCGCGAGUCGAGGGGGAAUGGCGUUGCCGGAAAAAGGGAGAACCCUGCGUGGGCUGUCUCCCCGUCGAGUUUCGCGGCCUUCGUUGAGACCGCGAAGGCCCGCCAGUGGGUGACGGAGGCUUCGCGACUCCAAGCGGCCUCUCUCCCGCCUUUGGCUCCCGCCGAGCGACCUGCGAGACCUCCGAUUCUCCCGACACUGGCGUCCUCGCGCGCGAGACGCUGCACUUCUCACUCCUUGAUUUCCGGCUUAUCGGCGAGGGAGGGAAGUCAACGAACGGUCUCUCAAGGAGACUCUCUUUCUCCUGCCUCUGGUCUCGCAGGGGAACCGGGGGCGGUGCGCGAAGCUGAGGGUCGGGAAGCGAUUGCUGUAGACGACGAGACAGGCGGCGAGCACCGGGACUUCCCUCACUCCCAGGGCCCCGCGGGCCGAGGCCGACUUGCAGGCGCGAGACCCAGCUCGAGCGACAUGCGGGGGGAAAAGCGAGGGCGCCGUGCCCUUCGGGAGGGCGAGAGUAAGCGCCCCUGUCGCCGAAGAGAGGACCUAAAAAGCGAAGAGGGCCAGCGAGAAAGGCGACGCCGCGAUACGGCGUGGCCUGCAGGGCGUCGAGAGGCCUCGCACGGGCGCCAGGACUCGCGCGUGAAGGAGGAGACACCUGCGCCAGACGCGGGGGCUGCUCUGGCUUUGGAUGGAAGAGCUGCCGCCGCGCGCGACCGUCCCCAGAAGGCUCCGUCUCCGUUCGGGACUCCCGAGGCUCUCUCGUCGUCUCUCACUGGCUCUGGGCUCCACCCCGACGGCCGGAAUCCCCACGGACAUCCUGCACUUCGUGUAAAGCUCGCAGCGGGCCGUGGCAACGGCCUGUUGGCUGCAUCACCAGCCUCUCCGUCGUCUGCGUCGCAUGCAUCUUCGCUCGCCUCGCCGUCGGCGAGUUGGCAUGCGGCGCAGGGCGAGGCCGAGAUCCCUGGAGCGUCAACGGGCUUCGUCGACUCGCCGUGCUCUGCGAAUGGGUCUCUGGACGACUCGGGACUCGGCGGGCCUGCGGCGGCUUUGCAAAAAAGCUGGAGAGACAGGAAACGAAACCGAAAGAAACUGAGCAAGAGCAUGCAUCGGAAAUCGCUCGCCUCUCUCGGGAUGCGGGCACCCCCCCAGAACGCGUGUCUCGCCGACCCCAGUGACGUCGGGCUCGGCGUCCAGAUGCCGUCUGACGCCGGGACGGUGCCUGGAAUUUCUCCUCCCUCUUUCGGAGCAAGUGAACAGAAGGCCUCUUCUUCGGCGUUGGGUCUCGCCUUCCGAGCGUCGAGUUCGUUCUCGCCGAAGAACGGGGAUGUCGAGCCCGCAGGACGGAACCCACCCCAGUUUCUGCCCACUGCCUCGGUUCAACGCGCAGACCCCCCGGGAACAGGAGCUCCUCCUUCUCAGCAAGUGGUAUCGUCGGCUUCGCCCUGUUCACCCUCAGCGCUGGCUGCGACCGCGUCGCCUGGGGCCUGUCGGGGCGGCGCGAGCCGGAACGGAGACCCACAGGGCGAGCGCUUCUCUUUCCCCGCUUCCCCGACGUCGCAGUAUCGAUGGUACGCGCACCCAGACGGGGGGGCAACAGGCCCGUCGUGUUGUCGGCAACAUGUCGGCGGCUCGGGCGGCGGGGGCUGGCCUGUUGUGUGGCUGAAACAGUUGGAGAUGGCGGUAAAUGGACCCCCCAAGUUCUGCUCCUACGUCGAGGCAGUGGACAAACAUCUCCGGUUGGGAGGCUUGCGGAGACCUGUGGCCUUCCUGCCUCUCGCGAGCCGUCCGGCGUCGCCCACGGGCCUGGGGGGGGGUCUGGGGGCCCCAGGCCCGGCCCUCCGGCAGGCGAGCGAGAAGGCGUUGGCAGCCGAAGGUCGGCAGGGACAGAAUGAGGAGAAGCAAGUCGGUUGGAAAUCGGCGACAGGAUCGAAAGCGGGGAUGUUCCAGGGAGACAGCGGCGAGACGACGUCUGAACGUGGAGCAGAAGAAGCUGAGGGGACAGGCGGCGGUCGCAGGGGCAUUCUGGGGAAGGAGGAGGAGGACCGAAACGGAGGAGAGGGAGAAAAGGCCGCAACGCCUACGAUGGGAGGUGCCUCUCCGGCGGCGUCAGAUGACGCCCUGUCUCCGAUGAAGGCAGAUCGUCCAGCUGAGGCGUUGGGAACCGGGGGGUCGGCGCCGACGCAUGCAGACUCUAGGCGUGCUCCUGGGAUGCCGGAGGGCGAGAAAAUGACAGGGCCUUCGAAAGAACAAGAGAUGGCCGAGGCGGGGGAGAGAGACAGAUGUGAGAGGAGCUUGGAGCGGAACGCGGAGCUUGUUUUGAAGGAGAAUGUGAGCAUGACUUCAGCCUCCGACGUGAGUGAAGCAGCGGAGGAGAAAGGUGCCCCCAAAAAGCUGGCGUCGUCUCCGCAUUCGGUGGAGUCUCCGUGUGGCAGAACAGCAGAGAAAACGGGAACGUUGAACACGAGCGAGAAAGGAGAGAAUACAAGGACGGCGGAAGGAGAUGACCCAGGCACCACAAUCGUGAAGGAGGAGUUUCCUUUGCUGCCUGCGCCGGAGACGCCAGUCACUGUCACAGCCCAGGACCUUCUCAGCCCGACUGUCUAUACACCCCGGUGGCAGGCGACGGUUGGGAAGUCCCUCGAGCUCGGCUCCCUGAACUGCGAGAAGUCUUGUGAACGCGGACACUGGGCUGACGCCAGUGCAUGUGACUUGGAGACGAAGGAUCUGCGAUUGCCGGAAGACAACAAAAGCGAAGAGCUGAAAAAGGAGACAGGAAUGUUUUUGGGCGUCGAGGGCGAGCAGGUAGAAGAGGCGAAGAGCAGCAAGGAGGCAUUCUCACCAGAGGAACGAGAGCGGGAAGAACAGAAGGAAUCAUCGAAAGCGGCAGGAGGUGGAGACUCUUGCAGAACUCCGCGUCAGCAGGAGGCGACGCCGAGGGCGAGUGAGGAGUGUCAACCAGAGUCGCGAAUCGACAUGAAAGUCUCUCCAAACACAGAGAUGAUGGUAGAGAAGCUCGAAGAGACGCGAGUACAGAACACUGAGGAGCCAGAAAAAGUGGAGGAGAAAGAGGAAGGAGGGAGCGUGUGUCGCGAUGUUUCAGUCGCGUCCCCUCUUGAGAGCCCCAACAGCCGUUUGUCUGAGAAAGGCGACCAGUCUGAGACGCCUGCCGGUGUCGCCCCGCCCUCUUCAUCUGCCUUAGAGGCCCGAGCCGGGAGAGAUUCAGCUUUGCUUUCCGCCUCUCUGCCUCUCUCACCUCGAGCGUCUUGCCCUCCAACUCAGUCCGCAUCGCCUGCAUCUCGGGACCCCACACCCGCGUCUCUCCGUGUCUCGUCGGUGGCUAGUGGGGACAGGAACGGCCCGACUGGGAUUCUUUUCCGUCCGCUCUCUUCGCCCCACAAGCGAGUCUCCUUCUGCCUGCGUGGCGGAGCCGAACCGCCGCAACGGCCUCUCUCCGAGGCUGUCCCGUACCCCCUUAACGCGAGACUCCAAGAGAUCGUCUCUCGCUUUCGACUGCUUCAGGGUGUCUCCGCCGCGCGUGUGAGCAGCCACGGAAAAGGAGAAACCUCUUCGCAGGCGACGCCCAAAGCUGUGCAGGGCGAGGCGACUGUGAAGGAGAAGGCGACGGUGACGCCAACAGAAAGUGCGAAAUCCCUGGCAGGGGGGCAGGCGGAGACAGAGAAGGGCGAGUCUCCGUCAGGUGCAGAAGCAGCGACGCAGAAAGCAGACGAGAAGGAGAAGACCCCAGACACUGACGCGACACAGUCCAGAAGCACCAGUUCUGGGUUCGAGACCCAAGAGGCAAAAACCGCUCCGGCGUCGAUUCUUCCAGCUUCCUCGCUGCCUUCGUCCGACAGGCCGUCAGCCUCCUGUUCUGACACGCAUGCAUCGAGAGACGCUGUUCCACUGGCGUCCUCGCCAUCAUCUUCUUCUUCUCCUGCGUUGCGUAGAUGUUCGGUGCGUGGUAAGGACUUGGUGUCUGCCCCGGUGGACAGUUUCUCCGAGGGCGACUCGAGCGACGCUCGGCCAUUUGUUUCCGUCCGAGACUUGGCGGUGAAGCUCUAUCGGUGGCUGGAGCAGGGCGAGGGCCUUCCAGCGGCAGCGGGCGAGCCGCAGGGCGCGUGUGGGGUCGGGGCGAAGGCCCAAGCCCGCGAGGCCCUGCGAAUCGACACUGUCCCCUUCAUCAGUCGGUGGAGACAGAUGCUGGAGCGGUCCCUCUCGAUUGCCAGCGAUCUGCGGAAACUGGAUUUACAGGUCGUUCACCUCGUCGAGCUCACCGAGGCUCUCCACAUAGCUGUUUACAUCUGCGGACAACUCAGAAGGCGACUGCGGGAAGGCGCAGCUCCUGACGCAGGGGCGGCUGAGGACUUGGCCCCGGUCGACGUGGACGACCCCCGUGGCUGUUCGCAGCAAAGCGGAGACACCAGAGACAGCAGCAGUCCCGCCACACCUGGUGGUCGGCUGGCUGGUGGGGCAGGAGGUGCAGCGACGAGCCCGAAGGGACAGGCCUUUGCCCCGCGGGGCGGUGAAGGGGAGAUAAAGCCCCAGGAGACAGGAAACAGUGGAGACAGCAAGGCGGAGGGAAAGGAAGCAAGUGGAGACGCGAACACUUCGGAAGGAAAGCGAUUGUCGGGCGAAGUGGACAAGACAGCCGAGGUGGAGACAGCCGGAAGCGAAGACAUCAACGUCGAGAGAGGAGUGCCUGGGGCUCAGGCAGAGACGGCGAGAACCGAGAUGAAUGGUGGAGUGGUGAAGGGCCAAGAGACAUCUGGAGACAUUCUGUCUGUUGGGUCGUCACAAGUACUCUCGCUUUCGUCGCCUUCACUCUCACACCUCGCAAGCUCUUCAGGAAAGGGGCCUUUGAAGCCGACGUCGUCUCCGUCUUCUUCCCUGUAUGCGCUGUCCCCGUCGUCUUCCGCCGCAUCCCCGUUCUCGGCCCAGCUCGCGUCGCCUUCAUCGCACGCACCGCUGUCUCUCUCGUUCCGUUCUUCUUCAAGCCCUACUUCCCUCUCGUCUCCUUUGGCUUCCUACCCCUUUCCACAAACUCUCCAGCAAACCUCUGCUUCCCCGUCUUCUUCCGCGUCUGCCCGACCGUCUUGUGCUUCUGUUAAACCGCUUCGCGAGGCAGGUGACCUCGUCCGAGCCGCGGCGCGUGCUGCGCUGGAGCAGGCUCAGGUGUUCGGCGUUGGCGGGAAGUUGUCCGAUGCAACUCACCAGCUGGCCGCUCGCGUGACUGUGGCGGUGCGGGCGGCGAUGCUGGCCAAGGGCGAGGGGGGCCUAACGAGGGGCGAUGUCGACUUGCUCGUGGAGGAGACAGAACGGUUCGUUCGCGAGGCGCGUUUCAAGGCCCAGGAGACUGCCGCGGAGACGACCGCCCUGCCCGAUGGCGUAGCAGAGGUGGUGUCUUCGGAGGCGGGCCUCGGGCUCCAGACAACCAACCAUGCGCCGGUGUCUCCUGCGGCGGCGCCUAGCGCAGGCGGCGCGUUCGCCGGUCUCACGGAGGCGGUAGAGGUUGAGGCGAGGCAACUCCCAGAAGCGAGCGAACGGGUGGGGCGGGUCUCCAGCCCGCGGGGAUCCCUGGGCUUUGAGGCCAUGGACUUGGCGGGAGAGCUACACCUCGUGAAGGUUUUGAACGCGUUUCAUCGUCACACAGAAUGUUUGAUGAACGAGCGAGAGCGUCUCAUCCAGGCGACGAACGAAGAUCUUUCUUUUCUCCUUCACGCGAUGGAACUCGCUCUGCCCUCUGGGCUCGACACCCCCCUCCUGUCGAUCCUGGAGGGCGAUGUGGACAUCCUCCCGCCGCUGCCCCCGCCGAACGUCGAGGCACUGAUUUACUUGCAUGCAGUAUCUCUGGCGCAGGCCGACGCGUCGGCCUCGCCUUCCUCGCCCUCCGCCGUGGCUCCCUGUCUCCUCUCUCCUUCGGCCCGACUCCUCCUUGCCCACUUCGCGGGCGCGUCUCCGACCGCUGGGGGUCUGGGGGGCGACUCCGCAAAGGGCCGGACCAUGUCCUCGUUCCCGGGGAGGCCUGGCGAAGAGCGCCACCGCGCUGACGAGAGGAAGGGGAGUGUGCUACCGGUUCGCCGGGGUAGGCCCCCGUCGUCAGCUCGCCUCAACGCGCUGCGGAGAUUGCAUGCGGUCGGGGAGCCGGCCGCAGACGCGGGCUUGGACACCGUGAACGGGCGAUUCAGGUCGAAGCGCUUGCGAGCCAUGUCACAGGAGGAAGAGGCCAGACGGGCCGCGACCCACGCGUCGCCGACGAUUCCGUACCCCUUGAGCCGGUACCUGCACCGGCCGCCACGGCUGCUGUCUCCGACAGACGCGGGACAUUUUGCGAGCUCGUACUCGUCUCCGCUUUCGCAUCCGCUGUCGAAGGGGUCAUCUCUGACCUCGCCCAAGCGGCAGCGACGGAGUGUCUGCUCGGAGGCUCCAGAGCACGAGCGGAAGAAUCUCCGCAGUCUCUUCAAGUCGCCGUCUGCGCAGCGCGAGGAGGCCCCGCGCAGCCUCACCCGGCCGUUCGGGCCUCUGAAGGGCGAGGGAUUCUCGCCGGCUUCGCUGGGGACGCUGGGGUCGCGAAGGCAGAGCGAACUGGGGAUCCGAAGAAGAGACGCCCUAGUCGCCUUCCCGCCUGCGGGCAUGCCGUGCCACCCGGCGUCCCCAGGCCGGCGCCUCGAACGGCCGCGGGUCGACGGCGCAGACAUGGACGGCGAGCGGAGACGCAGGACCCGGUGCGCAGGAGACAGGCUGGAGGAGCGAAGGAGACCCCUCGGGCCUGUGUACAUCCCGACCAAGGUCCGAGAUCCGGCGACUGGCCGCGUCGCCGUCUGCGCCUGCGACACAGAGCGCGGCGAGCGAGUGAGGAAGGUUCAGCUCUUUGAAAAGCCUCACGUCGGUGCCUUCUGGUGUGCUCGGUACGGACCGAACGACGAGUUCGUCCGCUGCUUCUCCAUCGAGAAGGUCGGGAGCCUGAAGGCCCUCGUCUCGGCCGUUCGCUUCAGACAGUACGUCACCGGCCACAGCCUUGGCUACGGCGUGGGGAACUGCGUCCCCGUGGAGACCAUUCGGUCUGCAGGCCGCCGAGACAGAAACGGAGACGUCGCGCCCGACCGGCCUCUGAAGCAGGCGGCGGCGUCUCCACCGCCUGCGGGCGUCGCUGGGGCUCUGGGCCGCGGGGAGGUUGGCCAGGCCCAGGAUGAGUCAGGCGAGACCAGGGACGCGGUGGAAGAGGAAGGACGAGGGCAGGAGCCUCUCGGGAGUGGAGAGGGCGCUAGCGGAGUCGCAGCGAAGGAAGGGCAUGGGAGCUCCAGAGGCGAAGGGGAAGGCGCGGAAGGAAGAACCGACUCAGCGGCGGGGUCCACUGCGGGAGACCGGUCGACAGAGGACUCCUCGAGACUUCUUUCUGAGGGUCGAGACGCGAAGCACGGCUCCAGUCCCGCUGGGGGGUCGGAGGCACUUGCCCCCGGGGGGGAGCAUGCCCUUGCUGAGGGCAGUGAAAAGGUUGGAAGAGCGCAGGAGACAGAAGCAAGAAAAGAGGAUCUUCGCACUUCUCAAAAUGAGACGCAUUCAGGCGAAGACGUUUCUUCCUUGAACGAAAAAGCGCUCGAUUCUCCGCGGUCCUCCGCGCCCCAGGGGAAGAGCGACCAGGGUCGAGAACCGAUUGCUCUCCGGAUACGGUCCACUCUCCCUCCUAGUGAGGUUGACAAGCAAGAAGCGGCGGGCCAGGGAGGGUCUGCGUCGGAGCUCGCCUUCCCCACAGGCGUCUCUCUUGCGUCUCCAGUGUCUCCGUUCUCUGCCCUCGCGCGGUCGCCUAUCUCCGCGCGCGCGUCCAGCGUCUCUCCGGGGGCCUGUGACCGGCCCGACGUUUCGCGGAGACACUCGGGGAGUUCGGACGAAGCGUCGGAGGCGCUGUGGGACCUGGGAGAGGACUUGGGCUUCGCAGGCGACGACGCGAACUUCCCCUUCCUCGAUUCGGAGAACUCUGCGCUUCUGUUCGCGCCGCCAAGACACCUGAUGUCGCCCGGGAGCGCGUCGCCCACAGGCGGUGGCUUGGGUAUCCACUACGACAAAACCAAGCACCGGUGGAAGGCGACGUGGACGACGCUGGACGGCCAGCGGGCCUCGACCUCGUUUUCGGUCAAAGUUUUGGGGAUGGAGCGCGCGCGAGAGCUCGCCCUGGAGGCCCGGCAACGCGCGCUGGCAGGCCUAGACCCGAGAGAAGUCCGCGACGAGAUGGUCGCAGGCGGCGCGGCUGCGCGCGACAGAGAGCGAGAGAGAGGGCGGCAGGACGGUAGGCGAGAGGGCAGCGAGCGCCGGGUGGGCUUCGAGGCCGAGGCAGAGGGCACCGAGGCGGCGAGUGAACGACUUCGGAGACGAGGAGAGAGAGAGGACGGCGACGAGGAGCGACGCAGGAAGAAGACCCGUGGAGACGAACUGCGGGGCGCGGAGGGCGACCGAGAGGAGAGAGAACUGCGGAGGCGAAAGACAAGCGAGGAGAGACGAAAGGGGAAGAACGAGGCGGCGAAGAACGAGGCGGCGAAGAACGAGGCGGCGAAGAACGAGGGAGGGAAGGGUGAGACGUGGAAAGUGAGAGAAGGAGGCAAGACGCCUCUGGGGGUGAAGAGCCAUCGCGCGAAAGUUGUCGGCCAGACCGUGGAGAGAAGAGGAGAGGAGCGCCGGAGAGACCUUCGAGGAAGUCGACGCGAGGAAGGAAAGACCGUAUGGGGACAGGAGCAAGACGCCGAACAUCAGGUGUUUGAGGGCGUGAAGGAGGACGACAACGAACGCGGGAGAAGAAGAGAGAGAAGGCGUUUCGAGGAAAGAGACAGUCUUCGCGGAAGCCACGGCGCGACGCCUUCAGACGAGCAGAGACAGAUGAGAAGGCAGACCAUUCUCGGGUCACGAGAGGUGGACGGGAAGCCUCUUUCUUUCGACGACACCCACCGCGUGGAUGCGCAGCUGGGCAUCCAAAACGAGGUCGCCUUCCCAGGGCCUCAAGGCGUUGGGGGGGCUGGCAACUCGUUGCAAUUCGGUCGCGAAGGUGAGCGCUUCGCUUCCUCCUCGCCUGUCGCGUUCUUGCGGACGAAGGAGGAAGACGAGGAGAUUGUCGAGGUUUUCCUCACUCCCGAGGGAAGCGGCUCCGAGCGCGACAAGGCUUCCUCCGUGUCUGCCUCUUCGGCCCCCAGAGAUUCGCGGCCCGCGUCGCCGCGCCUGCGGGCUUCGCGCCUGCGAGAAUCCGCGAGGCUCCAGAGGCGGCUUGAAGAGGCCGAGGUCCACGACCGAGGCUCGCGCCCUCUCCGCCCAGAAGAACGGAGAGUCGCGAAACGUCAUGUCGCUGAAGAGAACGUGGAUGCGACGUUUUCUGCGGGGGCAGGCGGCACCAAGAAGAUUCGGCCUCACAGCAGCCACGACUUUUCUGCGGAGGGCCUCAGCAAAUUCCAGGAACUCCUCACCUGGGACUGCGAAGUUGAAAUCGACGGCACAGACGCACACGUCUGGAGAGCUGUCGCCGCCCUCCCAGGACCCAGGCCGCGCCCGAGAUAUGUCUAG